CUUCAGUCUCUUUGAUACCUCCACUUCAAAGUACCUGCCCAAUAUAGUCGACAGCAAACAUGGCCACUAAUACGAUACCCAUGGGCCAAUAUCUGUUUCAUCGGAUCAAGCAACUCGGGGUAGAACAUAUUCUCGGAGUUCCAGGCGACUUCAACCUUACCCUGCUUGAUGAGAUCUACAAUGUUCCAGGCCUGAAAUGGAUUGGCUGCUGUAAUGAGCUAAAUGGUGCCUAUGCAGCAGAUGGCUACACUAGGAUCAGGGGAAUCCCUGGUGCCCUGAUUACUACCUAUGCAGUUGGCGAGCUUUCAGCCAUGAAUGGCGUCGCCGGUGCCUAUGCAGAGCAGGCCGGUAUGAUUCACAUCGUAGGCAUGCCUGCCAGAAGUCACCAACGAAACAAGACCAUGCUUCACCACACCAUGGAACCUAGAAUGGACCAGUCCAUUUAUAUCCAAAUGGCCGCGCCUAUUCGGAAAGACUACGCAUUUCUCAUGGAGGACGCCACCAUGGCCGAGGAUAUUGACCGCGUCAUUGUUUCCUGUGUCAAGAGCCGCCUCCCAGUAUACAUCUACGUCCCUGCUGACGUGGUGGGGGUGAAAUUGGACGCCAGCCGCCUGGACAUGCCGCUUGAUUUAACGAUUCGAAAUCCCGAUACCACUGUCGAAGAUAAAAUCGUCAAUUCGAUUUUGUCUUUGAUUGAGAAAGCCUCCAAGCCAAUCAUUUUGGGCGAUGUCCUCGCCAUACGUCAUGGCGGUCUCCAAUUGACCAAGAAAUUGGCCGAAUUGACGCAUUUCCCAAGCUAUUCAACACCUCUAUCGCAUGGCAUCAUCGAUGAGUCAAAGGACUACUAUAACGGUGUGUACAAUGGUCAAGUCUCCUUCCCGGGAGUCGCAGAGGGCGUCGAAGGAUCAGAUCUAGUCCUCAAUAUCGGGCCCUUAUUAUCGGACUCCAAUACGGGAGGAUUCACCCGCUAUAUCAAAGACGAACAUCUGGUCCGACUAGGUCAUGACUUUGUGCAAGUCAAAGGUGAAAAGUAUGACGGUUUCCACUUUUUGCCAAUCCUUUCGCGCCUGGUUGAAAAAUUAGAGGCAAGCCCUCAACAAUAUAAUCUACCACGGCCGCUACCCGGUCCGAAGCUAGAGAUCCCAGUGCUACUCGAUUUGAAAAGUGGAGAGCUCAAGCAAGACUACGUUUGGCAGCGAUUGUCUCGGUUCCUUAAGGACGGCGAUAUCCUUUUGGCAGAAUCCGGCACUUCUCAGUUCGGGAUGCCUGAUAUUGCAUUCGCUCCAAACACUCAAUACAUCACACAGAUGUUCUGGUCAUCGAUCGGUUUUACAGUAGGCGCAUGUUUGGGAGCGUUGGUCGCGGCCAAGGAACAAAACCACACGGGUCGUGUCAUCCUCCUCGUUGGUGAAGGGAGUCUUCAAAUGACCGUGCAAGAGAUCGGCACAUAUAUCCGCUAUGGAUUUAAACCGAUUAUUUUCGUGGUCAACAAUGACGGUUAUGCCAUCGAGCGUGCCAUUCACGGCCCUCAUCAGGGAUACAACGAUGUCAGCAUGCUUUGGGAUCAUCAAAAGAUGCUAGAAUUCUUUGGAGCAAGAGAGGAUACCGGAAUCAAGGCAAAGAGUCGAACGGCAAAAACAGUAGAAGAAUUGGAAGCAGUCCUGAAUGACGAGGCCUUUGCGAGUGGCGAUAUACUACAGCUGUGCGAAAUUUUCUUGGGCAAAUAUGAUUAUCCCUGGCGACUGUCUCGUCAGAUUGAGAUUGCAACAGAGCGCAUCAUAAAAGGAGAAAUGCCCCCUCAUUCGCAGGGGUAGAUUUACCAUGAGGAGGCUAUGUAUGAUUCGAGAAAAACGUAGUCCACGAAACUAGAUCUCAUUGCUAGAGGCCAGGGAGAUGGCCAAUCAAAAUCUACACAAUUUCAUACAA